GGGGCACUGCCCGCGCUGUGAUUGGUCGCUUGCUGCUGUUCCGCUUUCCUUGUUGCUGUAUGUGUGUAUCUGCUGCUGCUGCAACUGGGCUGACUGUGUCACAAGAACAGUGGGUGAAGCUGACAACAGGCCUGGUGUUCGUAAAGUGAUCAGUAUUUCAAACAUGACGUCAGAAUCUCCCCGGCGCCCAAGUCGCUGCACAGGUGGUGUGAUGGUACGACCACAGGCAGUCACGGAACAGUCCUAUAUGGAAAGCGUUGUUACAUUUCUUCAAGAUGUUGUUCCACAGGCAUAUAGUGGAUCACCUACAUUGGAAGAGAAAGAAAAAAUAGUUUGGGUCCGUUUCGAAAAUUCAGAUUUAAAUGAUGGAUACAGGAACAUGGAACUUCAUGAAAUGCACAGCACUGGCAGUGACCCUCCGUUACUUCUCAUGAUUGGAUAUACAGAUGGGCUGCAGAUUUGGAGCAUACCAGUCAGCGGUGAAGCACAAGAAUUAUUUUCAGCUCGGCAUGGUCCUGUACGAUCUGCACGAAUCUUGCCAUCUCCUCAGAUUUGUGCUCAAAAAUGCGACAUUUUUUCAGAGAAGAGACCUCUUCUUGGAAUGUGCAAAAGUAUAGGCUCAUGCGGCACAAGCCAGCCUUUCUGCUGUGUGGAUUUGUACUCUCUACGGACCGGUGAGAUGGUGAAGUCCAUUCAGUUUAAAACUCCAAUAUACGACUUGCAUUGCAAUCAGAGGGUACUGGUGGUAGUUCUACAAGAAAAGAUUGCUGCUUUUGACAGCUGCACAUUCACAAAGAAGUUUUUUGUCACAAGCUGCUAUCCAUGUCCUGGGCCAAACAUGAAUCCUAUUGCUUUGGGGAGUCGUUGGCUUGCAUAUGCUGAAAAUAAGCUUAUUCGGUGCCAUCAGUCUCGUGGAGGGGCAUGCGGAGAUAAUAUUCAGUCUUAUACUGCCACUGUCCUUAGUGCUGCCAAAACUCUGAAGACUGGACUUACAAUGGUUGGGAAGGUUGUUACCCAACUUACUGGUACACUGCCUGCUGGUUCUUCAGAUGAAGACUUGUCAUCGCAUAGCAAUUCAAGACGUAGUCCUCUUGUCCCUGGGGUUAUCACUAUUAUUGACACAGAAACUGUUGCCGAGGGACAGACUCUGAAGACUGGACUUACAAUGGUUGGGAAGGUUGUUACCCAACUUACUGGUACACUGCCUGCUGGUUCUUCAGAUGAAGACUUGUCAUCGCAUAGCAAUUCAAGACGUAGUCCUCUUGUCCCUGGGGUUAUCACUAUUAUUGACACAGAAACUGUUGCCGAGGGACAG